AGCACAACUGGUCUGACAAUCGUGAAUUUCUUUGCUCUACCAAAGCGGCGAGCCAAUCUAAUUAUCAACCAUGAGAUUCCUUUACUUCUCCUUCCCUCUUGUCGUCCUCCUCUUCCAGAUUUGCCCAGGUUAUACCCAGAUUCCUCCUGCUUUUGAAGACACUGUGUCAUGCAGAGUUAACCGUGAGAGCUUUUGCAAACUUGGACCAUGUCCACCAACAUUUCAAGAAAACGGAACAUGCUUUGGAGGAGUGAUGAAGUGCUGUUCGAAGUCAUUCCUAAGUGGUACUCAGCUACCUGCUUUCGAAGAUACUAUCCAAUGCAGAGCUGACCCUGGGAAGUUUUGCAAACUUCUGUUUUGUCCACCACCUUCUGUAGAAACCGGAACAUGCUUCGGAGGAGCCAUGAAAUGCUGUUUAAAGUUCUCUGCUCCCUGACUUCUUCACUUCUCUGACAUCAGUCCCGCCUGCUCCAGAAGUAAAUGCAUCUCCUGUGGUUUCAUGGUGCUCACCACUGAAAGGAUGCUUCCUAUGAAUAUACCAUGUCUGCUGAUAGAAUCUACAGUUUGAUGGCCAAAGCCAUUCUCUUAGUAGCACACUCCACUAUUCUGCUCAUGUUCUGUUAACUGUUACAGAGGCCAAGCUGAGAACUUGUAUACCUCCCUUUUUCCUUACUCAAAAGCACAUUUCUUUAAAGGUCAACAUAAAGGGCCAAUUUUGUGUUGUUUUCCUUUUCAAAGAAUAAAAUAAAAUCUGUGAUCUC